AUGAUUGAAUCUCAUAGGCAUUCUUAUCAUUUGGUAUGUCCAAGUCCAAGUCCAUGGCCUAUUUUGGGUUCACUCGGAGCUUUGGCUACAACCGUAGGAGGUGUGAUGUACAUGCUGAUGCACUCAUUUCAAGGGGGUGCAACACUUCUCAGUUUGGACAGUUUGGACCUAAUAUUUCUCCUAUAUACCAUGUUUGUAUGGUGGCGCGAUGUUCUACGUGAAUCCACGUUGGAAGGAUAUCAUACCAAAGUCGUACAAUUAGGACCUCGAUAUGGUUCUAUUCCGUUCAUCGUAUCGGAGGUUAUGUCUUUUUGCUUUUUUUGGGCUUCUUCUCAUUCUUCUUUGGCACCUACGGUAGAGAUCAAGGGUAUUUCCCCAAAAGGGAUUGGGGUUUUGGAUCCUUGGGAAAUCCCAUUUCUUAAUACCCCUAUUCUCCUUUCAUCUGGAGCAGCCGUUACUUGGGCUCAUCAUGCUAUACUCGUGGGGAAGGAAAAACGAGCAGUUUACACUUUAGUAGCAACUGUUUCACUGGCUCUAAUAUUCACCGGCUUUCAAGGAAUGGAAUAUUAUCAAGCACCCUUCACUAUUUCGGAUAGUAUUUAUGGUUCUACCUUUUUCUUAGCAACUGGCUUUCAUGGUUUUCAUGUGAUUAUAGGUACUCUUUUCUUGAUCAUAUGUGGUAUUCGCCAAUAUCUUGGUCAUCUGACCAAGGAGCAUCACGUUGGCUUUGAAGCAGCUGCAUGGUACUACUGGCAUUUUGUAGACGUGGUUCGAUUAUUCCCAUUUGUCUCUAUCUAUUGGUGGGGAGGUAUAUGA